AUGGCACUCAAGGCCCCCCUCCGGUCAUCUAUUGGAAGUCAAAUAUCUCGUUAUUCCCAUCAUAACGACAUGUCUGUUUCGUCUCCUGACAACGGGUCGUUUCAGUCUCCUUUCGCCAACAUGUCGUCGAACGCUUCAGACCACUCCAACCACAAUUCCCUCCAUCCGUCAUCUAUCCAAAGGGUUCCUUCAACGAAUCUGAACCUCAUGAGUCCGAGUGAUAUCGUCGGCCCUUCUCCCGUGACGUCGACGGGUACCGAAACCACAGAGAUUGAGGAUGAGGAAUCGGAUGAAGUUCAACAGGCUCGUACUAGGCAUACGAACCCGUCGCCACAUCCCCAGCUCAUGAUGCUUUCUACCAACAUUCCCGAUCAUGUGCGGCAGAGUAGUAGCGAGGAGGCUGUCUCAGUAAUACACGCGCCAGAAAGCUUCCAUAGCUGGGCUUCGACUGAGCCGACAGUGAAGCCGGAACAAGUGAGUGAAAAGUCAUCGCCCAAAGCCGACACAAUAAGCCUCCCUUCUAUAACGGAACAUGCAAUGAAGGUACGUCUGAUAGAUGUCGCCGGUUCGCUCAAAUCACUAACUGCGGUGAAACAGUCCAGAUCACCUGGGCUUCCUACACCCCCUCCCCUCUCGACCGACAUCAGGCCUGUUAGAUAUAGCUUAGACAGUGCCACACCCCGCGCUCAAGACCUGCAGGAUAUGCUGAAUGAGACUUCUCGUCUCAGAUCUAGCAGUACAAGUAGCCUUGAAAGUUGGUUCCACCACCUCCGUCCUCCUGAACUGCCUAACAAAACAGAAAUCGAUGAAGGUAGAGAGGUAGAGACUGAUGCCGAAAACGACGACGAGGAGCCUUUCGCCACCCCUGCCCUGCCCCGAGAAGAUCCGGAAAUCAGAGCAUUGAGGAGCGCCCUACAGGAAUGCUGGACUCUUUGCAACACCCUGGCCAAUUUGAGCUCGAUUCAUAGAACACGGAUGUUCAAUAGCUCCGGAACUCCUGACGCACAUGAGAAGGCAUGGAUGGCAUGCUGGAAGUUGUGCCAACGUCUAUACGACAACCGCGACGAAGACGUUUACGAUCAUCAUGUGCGAGAGAAUCUUGACCUGUGUCGUGACUUCUGCCAGUCGCUUUUCGACGUUCGGCAAAAGAAGGACGAGGUCGCUGACUCUGUUUUGCGAGUUAGUUUUGAACUCAACAACCAUCUCUAUAGCGCCCAGGAUAUUCAAAACCUACCCGAACCUUUCCGCGAGAGGACCUUGGACUUCUACAUCACCCUUUGCCACCGGCUCAUGAAGCAGCGAAGCGAGUUGGCCGACGAAACCGACUCCCUAUUGAAGGCGUGUUGGUCGCUGGCAGAGAUGCUGUUCAGUCUUAGGCAGAACAAGCGCGACGGCCGAGCGCCCGACGAGGAGCUCCUGUGCUCAGCUGUCCAGGCCUGCUGGGAGCUUUGUGACUUGUUCAGAGAUGGUUGGACCCAAGUCCGACCAGACCGGAAUACCCCACGGCCGAGCCAGACCAGCUUUUUCGGUCACCAACAGCAGUACGAUCAGCCUUCUCGCGGCGAUAGCAGAGCUUCGAACCGGUCUACCUACUCAAAGAGAGAAAGUCACAAAGGCCUGCCUGAAGAACGACCCCGAAAGCCCCCUCCAGUCCCUGAAACUCCCGUGACGGAGUUCGAAGACACACCCAUCUCGCCCGAGAGCUCCUCGCCUCGGGUCCCAAACAUUCUAGUUCUCGGAACUACAUCAGACAGUGGACGCGGAGGUCGGUGGUCAAGCAGCGCUUCCCAGCUGUCCAGCUACUCGCAAAGCAGCAACAAGACCUCUAGCACAGCGACGACUGCCACGGCGGGUGAGGAUAGCAACAGCAGCCGCAUCAAAGCCCUCAUCAUUAAAGCGGCCAUGAACGUUGGCUUCGCCCGGGACCCGGCCCUCGAUAGCAAAGCCGAGAAAGCAGCAUUGCAGGCCUUUGUCAAGCAUAUGCCUACAGGGUCAUUCGGGUCUCUACCUGCGCACUCGACGCUUCUGCAGCACUACAAGAACCUGGUCCAGGCCGACUCGUCAUUCCGCGGAUCUUCGCUGCUCCCGGGUCGUGGGAAGCGCAUCUCUGCGCACGAUAUGGCCAAAAGCGUCCACUACAUGGGCCAAAGGGCUAGCCAGUAUGGCUUCUUGCGUGACCUCUAUAAGCUGGUGUUUGGCUUCCCGCCGGAGGAAGGCGAGUCGAGGAAGUCUACCACGAUUGCCAUCUGA